GACCAGAACGACACUGGCGACAGCAGCUGGGAGAGCCAAACGCACCUGAAGGGAGGGGAGGCUCAAUUCUCUUCCGAGCUAGCUUCUGAGCUUGGUAUGGAUAAUGGUAGAGCGGUGGAAGGUCAAGUAGGGUUGAAACAGAAAGAUGCGGAGAUCAGAGUCCAUGGACGUAUCCUUCCAGAGAGUACUGAACAGAAAAAAAGUGUGAUCAACUCCUUGGUGUCUGGGGCAUUGGCUGGCGCUGUGGCCAAAACAGCCGUGGCACCGUUGGACAGGACAAAAAUCAUUUUCCAAGUGUCGUCGAAUCGGUUUUCUGCUAAGGAGGCCUACCGGCUGAUCUAUCGUACCUACCUCAGUGAAGGCUUCUUCAGCCUAUGGCGAGGCAACUCGGCCACCAUGGUUCGGGUGAUCCCCUACGCUGCCAUCCAGUUUUGUGCACACGAGGAGUACAAGCAGCUUUUGGGCAGCUACUAUGGCUACCAGGGAAAGGUACUCACCCCUCUGCCCAGAUUCGUCGCAGGCUCUCUGGCAGGAAUCACAGCUGCCAUGUUGACAUACCCCCUGGACCUGGUUCGUGCCCGCAUGGCAGUGACGCCGAAGGAAAUGUACAGCAACAUAAUUCACGUAUUUAUGCGAAUAUCUCACGAGGAAGGAUUGAAGACCCUAUACAGGGGCUUCUCCCCUACCAUUUUGGGGGUGAUCCCUUAUGCUGGAUUGAGCUUUUUCACUUAUGAGACACUGAAGAAGCUGCACGCAGAACACAGCGGGGGGAGAGAGCCCUAUCCCGUGGAAAGGCUUGUGUUUGGGGCUUGUGCAGGCCUGAUUGGGCAGUCGGCCUCUUACCCUCUGGAUGUGGUCCGUCGACGGAUGCAGACCGCAGGGGCGCUGGGCUACACCUACGGGUCUAUCUUCGUCACCAUGAGGGACAUCAUUCGGGAAGAGGGACUCAUCCGAGGCUUGUACAAAGGGCUGAGCAUGAACUGGGUCAAGGGUCCCAUUGCCGUAGGCAUCAGCUUCACCACCUUUGAUCUCAUGCAGAUUCUCCUCCGUAAAUGGGAGCGCAGCAUGAACGUGCAGAGGUAACGCCAAACCGCCGCCCCGGUUCCUUGUGGAGAGGGAGUGGCCACCACGGUGGCGCCAGUGCUGACGGACGAGGAUGGACAAUCCUCCUUUUUUUAACCCCCUUUCCCCGAUCCCAGAUGAGAGAUUCUCACGGUAGAUCUGAAUGACCUCGGAGAAAUCUGUUUCAGACACACAGAUUCCUCUAAACUGUGGCCAUCUCCUCUCUGGUUUCCAGAUAAUGAAUGUGCAAAGAAAUAAUAGUAGAAAUCAGCGCAGGAUUUUCACUGUUUUUAUGACGUGAUCUACACACCCCUGAAUUUUCCGAAUGGGGGAGAAAAGGGGGACUCGUUCACUGCUAGCCUCAUCACAGGAGGCAGCAGCUGAUGUGGUUUUAUCCGUGUCAACCUUUUUUUCCCCCCCAACUCUUCCCCACUCCCCUUUUAUUUUUUUUUAAAUUUGUCCACAACUCUCCUCACAUAUCAUUCAUUACCUCUUGGAAGGGCAGUGCCAGAUUGGGAUGGGAAUGUUUUUCCAUAGAGUUGACUAAAAAAAAAAAAAAAGACGGACACUUCCUCUGGCAUUUUUGUUUGCUGGAAACCAGGGAGAUC